GUGGUUAGAUUGAUACGUGGCUUAUUUGACGUGUUCUUUAUCGGUUCUCUUCUUAUCUGCAAAAUUGCAAUGUUAAGAAGGAGUUUCUCGAAUAAAUUAUAUUGCUCUGUCUUCCUUAUCUUAUUAGAAUUAUAUAAGAUAAAUGCAAACAUCGUGCCGCACAAAAAUGCUGUCUUACUUUUGGCUGACGAUGGGGGAUUUGAAAUGCGAUCCUACUUAAAUAAUAUUUGCCAAACACCUAAUCUAGAUAAGUUGGCAAAAGAGAGUUUACUGUUUAAUAAUGCAUAUUCUUCAGUCAGUAGUUGUUCUCCUAGUCGUUCCUCCUUACUCACUGGUUUACCGAGUCAUCAAAAUGGGAUGUAUGGUCUCCAUCAUGGAAUUCAUCACUUUAAUUCAUUUGAAACUGUCCAAAGUUUGCCAAAAAUAUUAAAAAAAAACAAUAUAAAGACAGGUAUCAUAGGUAAAAAGCAUGUAGGCCCAGGUAGUGUGUAUCCAUUUGAUUUUUCCCAUACAGAAGAAAAUAAUUCUAUACUUCAAGUUGGUCGAAACAUUACCAAAAUUAAACUUUUAGUCAGAGAAUUUCUAUCUCAGAAUAAGACAAAGCCCUUCUUUUUGUAUAUUGCAUUUCACGAUCCUCAUAGAUGUGGUCAUACACAUCCAGAAUAUGGCAAUUUUUGUGAAAAAUUUGGCAAUGGAGACACUGGUAUGGGUACUAUCCCUGACUGGUAUCCAAUAUACUAUCAAUGGGAACAAGUGAAAGUACCAUAUUUUGUUCAAAAUACAGAAGCUGCUAGACGUGAUAUCUCUGCUCAAUAUACAACCAUUUCUCGUUUAGAUCAAGGUGUAGGAUUAGUUUUAAAAGAACUAGAGAAUGCUGGUUUUAAAAAUAAUACAUUAGUGAUUUACACUUCUGAUAAUGGUAUACCAUUUCCAAAUGGUAGAACAAAUUUAUAUGAACCAGGAUUGGCAGAACCUAUGAUGAUUAGGUCACCAAUUCCUAACCAUAGGAGAAAUAGUGUAACACACAGUUUAACAUCUUUAUUGGAUAUCGUACCAACAUUAUUAGACUGGUUUAACAUACCAUAUACAGAUCAAUCUUCAUUUGAUACAAAUGAAGCUCCUCAUUUGACUGGAAAAUCACUCCUUCCACUUCUUAUUGAAGAACCCGUAGAAAAUGACACAGCUGUUUUUGCCAGUCAAACACAUCAUGAAGUUACUAUGUAUUAUCCCAUGCGUGCUAUUAGAACUAAAAGAUAUAAGCUUAUACAUAACAUUAACUAUAAAAUGCCAUUCCCUAUUGAUCAAGAUUUUUACGUCUCACCAACCUUUCAGGAUCUUUUGAAUAGAACCAGGAAUAAACAAUCACUUCCAUGGUACAAGACAUUAGAAAAUUACUAUGAAAGGCCAGAAUGGGAAUUGUAUGAUUUAAAAUACGAUCCAGAAGAAAAAAAUAAUAUUGCCUCUAAAUCAUCUGCAAAAAAAAUAUUCUUUGAUUUACAAGAAAGAUUAUUAAAAUGGCAGAAAACAACCAAAGAUCCUUGGCUUUGUGCACCUAGAGGAGUUCUUAUUGGAACUAAAGAACCACAAUGUAUGCCACUUGAAAAUCUUAUUUAAGACAUAUUGAUUAUUUCAAUCUUUUUGCAAUAUGAAAAUAUUAUAAAUAAUUAAUGCCAACAUGACACAGAAAUAUAGAGGAUAUUUAUAAUUUAUAUUCAUAAUUAUUAUAAUUUUUAUGUUUUAUAAUUUUU